CGGCCCCCGGUGCGGCGCGAGGAAGGCGGGAGCGGCGCGGUCCUCCACGCUCCCACAAUGCCCCGCUGUCCCCGCCCGCCUCCCCGCUCGGGGCACAUGCUCGGUGCGUGGCGCCGGCCCGGCCUGUUCCCGGCCCCGUCAGCACUCCCGGCACCCCCGGCAUGGCCCCCCCCACAGGGAAUGUCGUGGACAGCCAGGCGCCCCGGCUCGUGGCCAACCAGCUGCGCUGGGACCUGACGGCCGAGCAGAUCGAGGCCAUGGCCGCCGAGCUCACCGAGAGCACCAAGCUCGUGUACGACCGGGUGGGCAGCCAGGAGAGGGGGGAGGUGUCCUACGAGAACACCCUGAAGGCCCUGGCGGACGUGGAGGUGGAAUACACAGUGCGCCGGAACAUGCUGGAUUUCCCCCAGCACGUGUCCCCCUGCAAGGCCAUCCGCGCCGCCAGCACCGAGGCCGACAAGAAGCUCUCGGAGUUCGACGUGGAGAUGAGCAUGAGGCAGGACGUGUACCAGAGGAUUGUCUGGCUCCAGGAGAAAGCAGAAAGUGCUUCCCUGAAACCUGAGGCAAAGAGGUACCUGGAGAGGCUGAUCAAGCUGGGAAAGAGGAACGGGCUCCAUCUCCCUGAGGAGACACAGGAGAAAAUCAAAGCUAUUAAGAAAAAGCUGAGUGUCCUGUGCAUAGACUUCAACAAGAACCUCAACGAAGACACCACCUUCCUACCCUUCUCCAAGGAGGAAUUAGGGGGGCUCCCUGAGGAUUUCCUGAACUCCCUGGAGAAGACAGAGGAUGGAAAGCUGAAGGUCACCUUGAAAUACCCACACUACUUCCCUCUGCUGAAGAAGUGCUACGUGCCCGAGACGAGGAGGAAGGUGGAGGAGAUGUUCAACUCCAGGUGCAAAGAGGAGAACUGCCUGAUCCUGAAGGAGCUGGUGGAUUUACGGGCUCAGAAGGCCAAUCUGCUGGGCUUCAGCACCCACGCAGACUUUGUGCUGGAGAUGAACAUGGCCAAGAGCAGCACGACGGUGGCCACGUUCCUGGAUGAGCUGGCCCAGAAGCUGAAGCCCCUCGGGGAGAAGGAGCGGGCCGUGAUCCUGGACCUGAAGAAGAAGGAGUGCGAGAAGCGCGGGCUGGAGUUCGACAACCGCAUCAACGCCUGGGACAUGCGCUACUACAUGAACCAGGUGGAGGAGACCAAGUACAGCGUGGACCAGAACCUGCUGAAGGAGUAUUUCCCCAUGCAGGUGGUCACCACGGGCCUCCUGGCCAUCUACCAGGAGCUGCUGGGGCUCACCUUCCACCUGGAGGAGAAGGCGCCGGUGUGGCACGAGGACGUGCAGCUCUACACGGUGAAGGACACGUCCUCCGGAGAGACCAUCGGGAAGUUCUACCUGGACCUGUACCCACGGGAAGGGAAGUACGGGCACGCUGCCUGCUUCGGCCUGCAGCCGGGCUGCCUGCUGCCGGACUCCAGCCGGCAGAUCUCGGUGGCCGCCAUGGUGGCCAACUUCACCAAGCCCACGCCGGACGCCCCUUCCCUGCUGCAGCACGACGAGGUGGAGACGUACUUCCAUGAAUUCGGGCACGUCAUGCACCAGCUGUGCUCCCAGGCCGAGUUCGCCAUGUUCAGCGGGACACACGUGGAGAGGGACUUCGUGGAGGCCCCGUCCCAGAUGUUGGAGAACUGGGUGUGGGAGAAGGAGCCGCUGCUGCGCAUGUCCAGGCACUACAAAACAGGCAGCCCCAUCCCGGAUGAGCUGCUGGAGAAGCUCAUCAAAUCCCGGCAGGCAAACACGGGGCUCUUCAACCUGCGCCAGAUCGUCCUGGCCAAGGUGGACCAGGCGCUGCACACCCAGACCAAGGCCGACCCCGUGGAGGUGUUUGCCCGGCUGUGUGAAGAGGUGCUGGGUGUCCCUGCCACCCCAGGGACGAACAUGCCGGCCACCUUUGGCCACCUGGCCGGGGGCUACGACGCGCAGUACUACGGCUACCUCUGGAGUGAGGUGUUCUCCAUGGACAUGUUCCACACCCGCUUCAAGCAGGAGGGCAUCAUGAACUGCAAGGUGGGCAUGGAUUACAGGAACUGUGUCCUGCGUCCUGGCGGCUCCGUGGAUGCCUCUGACAUGCUGAGGAAGUUCCUGGGCCGGGAGCCCAAGCAGGAUGCCUUCCUGGCCAGCAAAGGACUGAAGGUGGAGAGCAGCUCGCUGUCCUCGGGCUGCUGAGGCCCCUGUGCAAUGCAGCCCCUGCCCACGCACCUCCCCUCACCUGGUACCUGCCACCAAACACCCCCUGGGCCACCCCUGCCUCGAGCUGCCCCGCCAGGGUCCCGCUCUGAGCCCCCCCUGGGCUCUGGGAGCCGGGCUCAGCCCUGGGCCGGGCUCUGCAGUGACAGGGAGGUGACCUGCCCUUGUCACCCCUGCUGGGGACGGGGCUCUGGGUCACCCACACAAAUUUGCUGAACUUUGAACCUGAGUCCUGCACGAGGGUGAGUUUCGGCCUCACCCAGAGCCGGGGAGGAGGGGGAGAGGAGUUCCCAAAGCUUGGGUUGUUGUUUUUAAAUCCCGUCUUUUUAAGAAACCAGAAUUCCCACCCUGUUGUUGUUUCCCCCUUGGCCUGGUUUGUGCCCCAGGACAGACGGAACUGUCCUGAGCACCAAACAAGGGCAGCGAGCCCCGCUCUCCCCAUCUUUGGGCAGCUGUUGGCUGUGGAGUAAAGAUGGGGAGAUCCCAGAGCUUAAAACCCAUGGAAUUUACUGGAACAUCCUGCCCUGAGCCCCUCGGACCUUCCUGCCUGGGAGGGGGUGGCUGGUGGAGGUGUUGCCAGAACAGGGUUUGGGGGACAUGGCUGGACCCCCUGUGCUGUCAGGUAUCCAGGGGGGGCUGUACCUUCCCCCCGGCUGAACCGGGGCUGCCAGGGCCAUUCCAGGGCCAUCCCAGGGCCAUCCCAGGGCCAUCCCAGGGCCAUCCCAGGGCCAUUCCGGGGCCA